AUGGUGAGAACAAGGUUUCAAAAGGCUAAAAUAUUGAAUGAAGCAAUAAGAAAAUCUCGUUUGGCUGCGAGAAAUAAAUGGGAAAAGAAAACAAAGCAAGUUUUAGUGUUUGAUAAUGGUGGGAAAAUGGUGGGUGAAGUUAUGAAAGAAAAAGAUAAAGAGGACGAGAUGAUUUAUUUUGUUGAUGAACAUGCGUUUAUUGAAUCUAAGAAAAAAACCCAAAAAAAUGAAAUGAAGAUUGUGAAAAAAGAAGUUUUUGAUGAUGAUUUUGGUAAUGAUUAUGAUGUGUUUGAUGAUAAGAAGGGGAAUGAGAAACUGAUGGUUGAUGUUAAUGGUUAUGAUAGUGAUGAUUCUUGUCAAAUUAUACAUGAAUGUUAUAACCCACUAUUAUGUAGGUUGAAUAUUGAUGAUGUUGAUGAAGUUGAAAAAGAAUUGUCUGAUUCCAAGUCUAGUUCAUCAAGUGAAGAGGAUGGGGAUGUUUCUGAUAAGGAUUAUGAUGAUGAUGAUGGUGAUGGUAAUGAUGAUGAUGGCGAUGGUAAUGAUGACGAUGAUGAUGAUAAUGAUGAUGAUGAUGAUAAGUCUAGUAAGUUUGUUGAGAGAAAAAAGGAUCCUAGUGAUAAUAUUUUUGUUGGGAAUGUUAAUGAUGGUGAUGUUGUUUUUAUUGAUAGUGAUGAUAAUGAAGAAGGUGAUGAUGAUAAGUCUAGUAAGUUUGUUGAUAGAAUUGUUGAUAAUGAUAAUCAAAGGGAAGAGAAAAAGAAAGAAGGUCCAUUUGGGUGGGAUUGGGAGGUUGUGAAGGAGAAAAAACAAGAAAUUCAACCCAAAGUGAAAAGAGGAAGACCACCCAAAAACAUAAAUGUUGAGUCAAAAUUUGUGCCUUCAAAUAUUAAAGUUAAGAAAAAGGAGAAUAAUAAUGAGUUCCAAAACACACUCUUAAACACAGUUUUGGAUGGUGGAAAUGAAAUAUUAGAUGAGAUGUUUUCUAAGAAAAAUGAGUGUGAAAUUCCAUUGAAGUUUAGACUUGGAGGUGAUAAGAAAGUAGCUCUAAAAACUGAAGAAGAAGAAGAAUUUGAUGAACUUUUUAAAGAAUUUGAUUUUGCUCUUGCAGCUUGCAAUAUUGGUAUUGAUGAAUCUCAUAUGUACAAUAGUGAAGAUGGCAAUGAAGAUGUUCCAACCAAUUGUCCCAUUUUGCAAAAGAAACUUUGUACUAAAGGAAAACAUUAUCUCAUCCUCGAUGAGGAAAUCGGAGUCGUAUGCAAAUUCUGCUCUUAUGUAAAGCUCGAAAUGAAGUAUGUCAUGCCAGAAUUUCAUAAGAACCCGUUUGGAAGGGAGGACAGAAGACGCUAUGGAAGGUUCUAUUAUGAAGAUAACUUGGGUAACAAUUGUUUUCAGUUUCCCGAUUCUGGGUAUGAUCAUGAUGAUCAUUCAAUGUUCUCUGAUGAUGACACUGAAGGAACUGUGUGGGACCUUAUACCAGGGGUGAAGAGGACACUGUAUCCUCACCAGCGCGAAGGAUUUGAGUUCAUUUGGAGAAAUGUUGCAGGGGGGAUAAAAAUCGAUGAACUCGGGCAGUCUAGUGCUGACUUUGGUUUGGGCGGUUGCAUUAUAUGUCAUGCACCCGGGACAGGGAAGACUCGUCUUGCAAUUGUGUUCUUGCAAUCGUACAUGAAGCAAUAUAAGAAGGCGAAACCAAUAAUUGUAGCGCCUUUUAGUAUGCUUCGAACGUGGGAAGAAGAGUUUGCUAGGUGGGGUGUUGAUAUUCCGUUUUAUACCCUGAAUGAUACGGAGCUGACAGGGAAGGAGGACUCGAAGAUUGUUAGUUAUGUAGGGAAGGGAUGCAGAGACAAGAAGGUAAUCCGGAGUGUAAAGAUUUAUAGUUGGGCCUCAGGGAAGGGUGUUCUUGCGAUGAGCUAUGGACUUUUACGACAACUUGCUGGUGAGACAGACGGAGAUGAUAAGAUGAGGGAAAUUCUUCUUAAGACGCCAGGAAUAAUAGUUUUAGACGAAGGGCAUACAGCUAGAAAUGACGACAGUAGUAUAUGGAAAGUGUUGUCGGAGAUAUCUACUAAGAAAAGGGUGAUCUUAUCGGGAACACCAUUUCAGAAUAACUUUGAAGAGCUUCAUAACACAAUCUCGUUAGUGCGAGAAGAGUUUUGGGGACCGGUUUUAUCAGGGUAUUAUGAACAAGAUAGUAGAAGAAUUGACGAGUUCAGAAAAAGGAUCAAACCGUUCGUGCAUGUACAUAAGGGGGAGAUAUUCAAGAAGAUUUUAAAAGGGCUAUUCCAUUCACUGGUUAUUUUGAACCCGUCUCCUUUGCAGAAGCAGUGUUUCGCGCUCUUGAACUCAUCAAGGACGAGAAAUAUAUUCAAAGAUGAGAAUUUGGUCUCGAUUACUGCUGUUCAUCCUUCAAUCCUCUGCCAUAAGAAACCCGAUUUUGUUGAUAAACAACUCGAGGCCAAACUAAAAAAGCACAACAUGGAUUGUGAUGCAGGGGCAAAAAUCAGGUUCCUUAUUGAGUUGAUUAAGCUAAGCAAGGGGGAAAGAGUACUAGUGUUUGGGCAGUUUCUUGACCCCUUGGAAUUUAUUGGGGAUUUGCUCAAAUUUACUUUUGACUGGACCAUGGGGACUCAAUUGUUGUAUAUGGAUGGUAAGCAAAGCUCGAAGGACAGACAAUCCACGAUAACCCUUUUCAAUGAUCCAACAACUCAAGCUCGGGUUCUUUUGGCUUCCAUAAAGGCUUGUUCCGAAGGUAUCCAUCUUGUUGGUGCGUCAAGGGUUGUUUUACUUGAUGUCGUGUGGAAUCCCUCUGUGGAACGACAAGCAAUAAGUCGAGCUUAUAGGAUUGGCCAACUUAAAGAUGUGUUUGUUUAUCAUUUGAUUAUCUCCGGAACUCUUGAAGAAGCCAAGUAUCGUAGACAGUCUAAAAAGGACCUUAUAUCCGAGCUUGUCUUUUCUUCUUCCGAGGAAAUCAUGCUCAACAAAAAUACCAAGUCAAACAUUUUUGAGGAUCGUGUGCUAGAAGAGAUGGUCGCUCACAACAAUUUGAAACACAUGUUCGACAAGAUUAUCUACCACCCAAAAAUCGAUAAUAUGAUUGAAAGCUUUGGUCCUUAACUCUUGGUUGUUGCGGAUACUUGCUAUUUCCGUGGGUUUUUUGGUUUUGCUCAAACGGGUUUAUUUAUUUUGAUGUAUUUAGUACAUAAAUUGGAACGAUGUUCCUAUAGGUCAUAACUUUUCGUUUUCAGGAUUUAUAUAUACUAUAAUUAUAAUUGCUAAAAAGGAUCAAAUCCCAUUUUACGAUAAUUUAUGUUUUAUCAUAAUUUGUGAAAA